GCCUGUCCCACCACCUUGUGAAGUCAAGUGUAUUCAAUGUAGCGAGUGCCGACCAAAAGUAGCCAAGCUGUUGGAGAGUAACAAUCUGGAGGAGUGGUACCAGGUACUCAGGGGUGGGGUGAGAAGGUUUGGCAGCGUUUGUUGCUCAGGGCGGUGCCAGCAUGUCUUUGUUGGCGCAGAGCCAGCAGUGGUACCCGACCCACGUCAAGGUGGUGGCGAUCCGAGCUCGGGGCCUGCGGAACAAGGGCAAGGAUGGCACCAAUGACGCCUACGCCAUCAUGCAGCUGGGUAAGGAGCAGUACUCUAGCUCGGUGGCAGAGAAGACCACCGCUCCCCUGUGGCGGGAGGAGGCGGAGUUCGAGAUGCCCCCGCUGCAGCUGGGCCGGGCCGACAAGAGCACCCUGCGCCUCACCGUCAUGCACCGGGCGCUGGUGGGGCUGGACAAGUUCCUGGGCCAGGCGGCCAUCAGCCUGAGCGAGCUGUACGCGAACAAGACCCGGAGCAAAGUCGGAUGGUACAGACUCCACUCCAAAGCUGGGAAGGCAGACAAGGAGAGGGGCGAGAUCGAGGCGGACAUCCAGUUUGUGCGCAACAACAUGACGGCUAGCAUGUUCGACCUGUCGGCCAAGGACAAGUCCCGCUCCGCCCUGGGGAAACUGAAGGACAGGCUCAAGGGCAAGAAAAGGGACGGCUUCUCGGACUCUGCGUCCGCCAUUGUGCCCAGCCUCGGUGCCGUGGGCGACAGCGAUGAGGAGGACGAAGCGACUGCCAGGGCGGCCACCACCUCCAGGCUAAGGAAGCUCCUGCCCAAGUCGACCCUGCAGCGCACCUCUCUCUCCCAGUCCAUGUCCGUCAUUCCCACCGCCCCGUCCUCUCCGCACGGGAACGCCAAGGCUGGGGGUUUCACGGAGAUACGCCUGGACGACUCGGCGGGAGAGGAGAGUUCAGGCAAGGGCCUGCAGGUCCCCAAGAUUCUGAGCCACAAGCGGGCGGCCAGCGCCGACAACAAUCAGCUGGACCUGGCGUUGCCCGGGAACCCAAGGAAGGAGCCUCUGUCACUCUUGGGGGGCCUGAGGCCCAAGAGCGACCCGGUGUCCCAGUCCAACCUCUGCAUCAACGGCUCCCAUGUCUACACAGAGGAGCCAGGCCAGGCUGUGCCAUCCAAGCCUAGGCCCGAGCCGAGGAGCCGCUUCUACACCCCGUCCCCCGAAGAGGACCCGAGGCCGGAGACUCCUCCCCGGGGCACGGCCGACGCCCCGGCCCCUGCCUCGGUCGAGAGAGGCGGGGGGAGCCCGGACCCCGGGGUCGGGAGGGCAGGCCCCGCUCCCGAAGAGCGCGUGCGGUCGCUGAACCCUUUCGAGGCCAACGAAGAAGAGGAGCAGGCGGGCAGCGGGGAGGCGACACCGGAGGAGCCCAGGCCCCAGGCUAAGAAGGAGGAGGCCAGCAGAGGGGGCCUGAUGUCCCUCUUCCCCAAGAAAGCAGAGGCUCCCAAAGCCCUUGAGGGGAAGGAGCUCCGCAGGACGUCUGAGGAGGGCCGGGGGGAGGUGAAGAAGCCGGCGAGCACCUCAGUGUGGGCAAGCAGGAUGGCGGCCAUCAAACCCAACAGAUUGGAGGUGUCUCCGAAGGCCGAAGCCAGAACUGGAACCUCGUCGUCCCCUCCCUCCUUCCACACAACUCAGGCUGACCCCUUCAGUUCGGCCCCUCCCGUGGGAUCAAGGGGCCCCAGCUCGGCCGGCCUCGGGCCCCUGGCACUCCAGGAAGCCCCGUCUCCGCGCUCCCCCUCCCCAGACGUGGGGACGAUGGCAUGGGGCUCCUCCCUAUCCCCUCUUCCCAACUCCUCCUCCUCCUCCUCCUCUUCCUGCCCUUCCGAGACUUCGGAGGCAUCGAUCGAGCUCAGCAGGCAGAGAGCACCCACUGGAGACCUCUUGCGGGAGCUGACGCAGGGGACCCCUGGGGAGGGGCGCCAGGGGACGAGGGGAGGGCGAGGGUCGCCUGGGAGCCCGGGGGCAGCGGGAGAGAGCUCGGAGGGUGGGGGAGCCCGGGUCCUGUGCCGGGAUCCCAGUCCGACCGGCUCCCUGGAGCCCCGGAGCUCCCCCCGCCCGCCCUCCUCCCUGCCUGCAGGGGGCGCCGUCUCCCCCUCCCCCAGGGAGCCCCCUGCAGUCCUGCCGAGGGGUGGGGCUCCCAAAUCGGGGCUCCCUACCCCGGCGCCCAGGGGCGUGCCCCGAGCGGGCCCUUCCCCUCCCCCUCUCCCUCUGCAUCUCGGCCUGGGCUCGUCUGUGCCCCCGGAGAGCGCAGAACGGGAAGGGGAGCCUCCGGACGCCUUGGAGCUUCCCGGUAUUCCUGAGGAGCCCAACGUCCGACAGGAAGCUCCUGUGGCCCGGGAUGGUGAUCCCCCCCAGCCGCCGGCCAGCGACGCCCAGGGGGGCAAGAUGACCGCCGGGGCAGUGGAGGAGGCGGGGCUGGGGGGAGGCUUUCCCGAGACCCCCGCGGCCCCGGAGCCCAUGUCCGAGCCCAGGCCCCCGGACUCUCGCCUGGAGCAGACCCCUGCCCAGGUUGCCGCUCCCUCCCUCCUCCCGACCUCUCGCCCUCCUUCGCCUCCGGCUCCGGCCCCGUCCCCUCCUCUCCUCUCCCUGUCCUCUUCCCCCAUGACCAGUGCUGCUCGCUCGGUGAAUCCUCCUGAACCGGGAAUCUCUGACCGGAAGAGGCUGCCUCAGGCUAAAGUCUUACCCACGGAGACACAGCCAAUCGAAUCCCAGAGCAGUGAAUCAACAGUACCUUUCAGGUGCAGGCCCCAUCCAGUGAAACCCAUGGCCGCGGCCGAGCCCAAGAUCCACGACGUGAGCUCGGAGGAGAACCUCAAGGCCCGCCUCAAGGUGGUGGACACCAUCGCGACCAGACCUUCGACUGGACAGGCGGUGACCCUCGGCGAAAGGCUGACCACUCCAAAGGAGUAUGACCCAUCAGACCCAGCGGCUGCCUACACCCAGCUCACCCACGAUGAGCUGAUCCAGUUGGUCCUGAAGCAGAAGGAGAUCAUCUCCAAGAAGGACUGCCAUGUGCAGGAGCUGGAGAACUACAUCGAUAACCUGUUGGUACGGGUGAUGGAGGAGACGCCCAGCAUCCUGAGGGUGUCCUACCAACCCCCCAGGAAGGCCGAGCGAGUGUGACUGAGGGUGGGGAGCUGACUCCCACCAUGUUGAUACCUGAAUCAUUACAUACCCUGGCUUUGUAACAGACCCUGGGGCUGGAGCGUGGUUUGAGUUUUAUCAGUACUGCUGCCUGACCUGUGUCGAAUGCAUUGGGGUUUGAACUCCUGCUCCCCUCCCCAGUCCAAAUCUCCUCCAAUACCCCUCUGAAAGCACGGCUCAUCAUGCCCCCCCCCCCCCAACCCGAAACAAACACUCUCACUGCGAGUUGUUCUACCUGACCCAACUCAACCUCCUCGCCUGCAAUCCUGGAGCUGAGGGGUUAGGAUCAGACAAGAAUCGUUCUCCUGUAGAAACACUCAAAUUCGGAGUUGGUUGUGGGGGUGGUGGGGCUCCUAAUAAUUAUCUCUUCCCAACCCCCCCCCCCCGCCCAUUCUUACUGGACCUGUAACCUUUGACUCCUGUGACCUACCAAAGCUUUUGUAGCUUUCUGCAUCUCGGAAAGUGUCUAGGGUUUUGUGAGCAAGAGGGACAUUUUACAGUCUGUACAUGAGCAAAUUAUUUUUUCUUAGAAAAGUGUGUCUUUAAAAGGUCUAAUUUUUAAAAUGGGUGAGUAUUGAUUGGUUGCCUGGGAGCUGAUUUUAGUGUCCACUUUACUCCAAUGUGAAUCUCUUGGCACUUCUCCUUCCCCACUGAUCUUUCUCAAAUCCAGUGCCUUUCUCUGUAAAUGAAGGCAGAUGGACAGUGGUCAAUGUUUAAUAAUACGUGUUUGUCCUGAAUUUUUUUUUUUGAGGAUGCCCAAUUUUUAAGACUUUGCUGACUAACCUUUGUCCUUCACCAAUCUACUGUCUGAAAGGGGUGUCUAUGUAUAUCUGUCGGGAAGAGAGUUAACUUGCUGUAAUAGCCAGUCGCAGCAGUGUGUACGGUCUACAAGAUGCACUGCAGCGUCUCACCGAGGCCCCUCAGACAGCACCUUCCAAACCCACGACCCACUUCCAUCCAGAAGGACAAGGGGCAGCAGGUACAUGGGAACACCGUCCCCUGCAAGUUCACCCUCCGAGCCCCUCACUAUCCCUGACUUUGGGAAAUAUAUCGGCCGUUCCUUCAGUGCCGCUGGGUCAGAAUCCUGGAACUCCCUCCCUGAGGGCACUGUGUGGGGGUCCCUACCCCACACAGACUGCAGCGGCUCACCCCCACCUUCUCAAGGGUGGGGGGGAAAUUAGGAGGGAAUGGGGCAAUAAAUGGAGACCUUGUGAAAGAAUGUUUUGGAAGAAAAAAAUCAAGUGCUACAGACCAUGCCCAGAUGGGAUGACAGCUAUGAAGUCCUGCUGUGAACAAAUUGACCUUUGAACCUCAUUGAUCUGGUAACUAAUUUGGAGGGUCCCACUGUAAUAUAAUGGAUUUGAGACUGUAAUUUGGAGAAGUGUGGGGUCGGUCACUGUGAAAAGCCUUUAUUAAAGGUACUGAAAUUUUUUUAAAAACUUUGCGCAAAAAAAAAGAGGUUGGGGCGUCCAGCCUUUAUUUGCUUACCGGACUCAUCCAACCUUUCUCCUCUCCGGGCCAAAUUACUUUUGGCGAAAAGCAGACAGUCCUUCAACAGAGUUUAGGGCUGGUGUUGUAUAUUUCAAUGACUAUAGAUUGUUUUAUAUAACUUUAAUAUAUUGAGGUUUACAAGUAGUUGCAGAAUCCCCACAAAUACCUGAUGCAGGAUGGCGAAACUUUUGACUUUUUUGAGAAGCAUCGAAACUUGCUUUCCAAAUGCUUGUUGGACAAGGGCUGAGAGCCUCCGAUGGUCUGCCUCCCUGACGCUGGGACCUUCGGGCCAAGCCCCGCUACACACCCGCCUCCCUAUCUGCCCUGAACGUAACAGCGCGGAUGCGACCGGUCCAGCUCUGGUUUUAAUUCAAGGCGGGCACCAAUGGGACAGAACCAAGACAGCAUCUCGUAAACACUGUGCAGAGAACUGAUCGGGAUCGGCCGCUCAAAGAUUCUGCUCCAAGGGGGCACCCUCUGACUCUCAGCCCGCUCCGCAGCAGAAAGCUCAUCUUGGGUUAGGCGGGCAGUUUGGAGCGUGAACUGUUUCUAACGCCCGACUUCUCCUAUCCUCUUCAAAAGUUUUCCCCUUCUCACUGCGUUCCUGCUUUCCGCCCAGCGAUCCGAGGUGGGGAAGGGACACGCAGGAAGGACCUUCCUGUAAUCGGAAGAGUUUGAGCCCUCGUGUGAAAACGCUCAUGCGGUCGAGGUCGAGUGCUUUAGCAACGUAGACGUGUGCAGAUGCUUGUUACAAGAGAUGGGAGAGAGGGAAAGGUUUCUACAGUAACUUUUGAAGAGUCGGUGUCUGAAAUGCUCUCUCCCUGUUUGCAGAUUUGUUCUGCAAAGGGGUCUGGGCGUUAUGGGAGCAUCACUGUGAGUGCAACUGUACAGUCUGGGAGAGCUCGAGUGAAAAGCACUGACCCCUUUAUUCCCCGGGACACGCCGCAUGGAUUGGGUUUGCCAGUCAGAAGGCCUCCCAGGUGUCCGAAGUUCUUGUACUGUGCGAGAGGAGGUGCGCCAAGUGGGCUGGGCGAGAGGUGUCACCCCGCCGAACGCACCAGUAGGAUGAUGACCAGCAGUUAACUGCCAGGCCCCGCUUUCAGUUUUUAAAGCGGGCACGUUGGUUCUGACUGGUUGAGAUGUUGCCUCUAAGGAAGGAGCCAUGGAGUAGCUGUUGCCUGCUCAACUCCUGAGGAGUGGGCUUCGUGGCCGUAAGAGUGCGAGCCAAGGGACUUGGAUAUAAAUGCGUCUUUCUUCCCCGCAACACCAAAAGGAAAGAGAAUGGGUGACGUAACCUCAUCCUUGUGUUGCCUCUGCAAGGGAUUAAGCCAAUAUGAUGCUUGACUCUCACACUAAGACCUUUUGACUUGGUCCUUCCUGUCACAUGCAAACGAGAACUUUCCCCAUUCCUUAUGUGAAUGGGGACAGGGUGACACCAAAGGCUGAUCCAGUUGAGUGCCUCGUCAUUUUUUUUUUGAUUAGAACACUAUUAUGUAGGGGUAACAGACAACACGAGCAGCUACCGUUCGUGUUGAGAGCUAAUGCCGUGUUGGUUCUGGGUGUGGUCUCCCACCUACGUGUUAUAAUGCAGCCAAACCCUGUUUCAGGUCGCUAUAGUGGGGCCAGCUUACCCCACCACCCCGGCCUGUGUCUCGAGGGGGUAAGCCACGUGUGCUGCUGGCUUUUGGGGUCAAAUACUGGCAUAGACCCCCCACCCCAACCACCCUGUUCAGAUCGAGGCCUGACUCCUGCCCUUCUGAGGAGCAAUGCUGCAGGGACUGGCUCGACCGUUUCCUGCGAUGAGGAACCUUUCCACAAGUUUACUUAGGCCUGUUUUUAAAAACCUCUGGUGGAUGUUGGCUGGCAUGGGUAGGGAGACUGGCGCAGGCUGUUCAGCGAUUUCUGUGUCAUCAGUUGAGUAUGCGGGUUUCCUGUACAUAAAGUAUGAAAAUAGCAAUAUCCUUCUUUCUCUCCAGUUUGAUUUCUUUUUUCCUUGUGUGCAUCAAAUGAUUGAAUGUAAAAACAAAAUUAACUGAGAUUGUCAGCUGCGUGGGACACGUUUGAUAAUUUGACUCCUGAUCAAAAUAAACUUCCUUUUUUUAUA